GACGUUAUUUUUAUCAGUUGAUUUGGUGUUGGAACGACAAGAAAGCUACGGUCAGUGAAAAAAAUAGUUGAAUAUCGAUUUUUUUCAACAAAAUAAAUAAAUUUAAAGUCGCGAGAAGUCACCGGGAACAUUGCGUCACUGGUUUUCGGCGGAAAAACUGUAAAAUUUCACGUUAAAUUCGCCCUCAAAAGUUGAGAAGAUGACUGACAGGAAGGCUGUUAUUAAGAAUGCGGACAUGUCCGAGGACAUGCAGCAGGAUGCAGUUGACUGUGCCACCCAGGCCAUUGAAAAGUACAACAUUGAAAAGGAUAUUGCUGCAUACAUUAAGAAGGAAUUCGAUAAGAAAUACAAUCCCACGUGGCACUGCAUCGUAGGCCGAAACUUUGGCUCAUAUGUUACGCACGAAACUCGUCAUUUUAUUUACUUUUAUCUUGGGCAGGUGGCAAUACUUCUGUUUAAGAGUGGAUAAGCUGGCAAUAAGGAGCUAAAUCUCAUUCCUCCGCCCCCAAACCUUUUCCUAAGCAGUAUUCUUCAAAUCCUUUUCACCAAAUGACUUAUCCUUUCUAAAUUUAUAAUAUCCUCUAAAAAGUUCAUUCCGAUUUGAUUUAUGUAAAUUAUUUUAUAAAAGUUUUAGGAGCAUUUUCCGAGCUAAAUAUGAACAGUCAUUGUUAUUGAUUAGCACUUGGGGUGGUACGCGAAUUAGAUCGGAAAUAUGUUAAACUUGACGUUUUUUUAGUUAGCUAUACAUAACGACCUUUGAAUAAAUUAAUUUUGUUACUACA